AUGUUGAUUAACGCUCAACUUCCUACAUCAGUGUUGGUAGGACUUUCUUGUAAAGUAGGCAUUCGCCUGUUUAAAGGAGUCUGCCACCAAUUUUUAAAAGCUCUGGGGAUGAUUAGGAGCUCAUAUGCCUUUAUUAACCUAGUUAAGGCAACUGUUGGAGUUGGUGUUUUUGCUGUUCCACUAGCUUUUCAAAAGGCUGGAUUUUGGACAGGCCUUAUAUUGUCCGUUGGCAUUGGUUUUCUCAAUGCUCAUUGUAUGACGAAAAUUGUGCGCUGUUCUCAGUAUCUUUGCAAAAAGAAGGUCACCAACAACAACGUAAACAGAAGUAAUGCGACAAUAAGGCCUGUGUGUUUGGAUGUGCACUAUAAUAUAGCGGUUACUGAUGAAGGUCAACAGCCGUAUACUAUUGAAGGUGGUAAUAAGAAAGAAAAAGAAAUUGAGAAUGAUGAGAGGCGCUUUACUCUGGACUACGGUGACAUGGCAGAGCAAGCUUUUGCGAGCAAGCAUUCAUCAAGUUUGCGGAUAUUUGCAAAACCAUUCAAGUAUGUAAAGUUCCAAUUUUAAAU